CCAAAAAUAAAAACAUAUAUUGGAUCAUAUAUCCAACAUUUGUUCAUUGGUGAUCACAAAACUUAUAGAAUAAAUCAAGAAGCAAUAAGGGCUAUGGCUAUGAGAUCAAGAACACCUACCUCUAGAACAAAACCUUCCCCAAAUCCUGUGUAUGAAACUUUCCAACCCAAGUCAGAAUUGAAGGAAAAUGAAGAAGCAUACUUUCUUCACAUUCACCUUCCUGGUUUUAUAAAGGAGAGGAUAAAUAUCAAAUUUGUGGGACUCUCCCGAACACUAAGGAUUACUGGAGAAAGGCAACUACUUGGUAGCAACAAAUGGAGCCUAUUUGACCAAUCAUAUCCUGUUCCAGAAAAUUGUGAGGUGGAAAAACUUCAAGGCAAGUUUGAAAAUGGAACUCUCAUUGUUGCAAUGCCAAAAAAGUACCCAUCACUGAAAUCACAAGUUGAAACAACCAAAGAAAAAAUUGUGCCAAGUCCUAGAACACCUAAGGGAACCAAUAUUCCUUCAAAGCCUCCAACUAGAGUACUAGAAGAACCUAUAGUUAGAGACAAGAAGGUUCCUUCAUCUCCAAGUAAUAUUGUGACAGGGUUAAAUGACUUGAACAAAUUGAAGGAACAAAAAGGUACCCAAGAUACUUUUCCAAGUCAAAGUCCUAAGGGAAAAUUGAAGGCUUUAGAACCCUUUGUAGAAUCUAGACCUCAAAAUGUUUAUGAGGAAAAUAAUGUGCCAAAAGGAAAAUCCCAAGCAAUAGGUGCAAAGGCUCAAAAGAGCCAAGAGGAAAUUGAGCCAAGAUUUGGAUUUAAAAUGGAUCCUAUAAAGCAAAUAGAUGAUGAAAAAAUUCAAGAGGAAAAUAGGAAAAAGUCGAUAUUAGAAACAAUUAGAAAACAAUUGCACGAGGACGAAAAGAAAAGUGUCGCAAAUAAGAAAAUUGAAGAAGAUAAGAAGACUUAUGAGUCAAGCAAGCUUGAUCAGCAAUACAUUGAUCACAAUAUGUUUUUAGAAGGAAAAGAAAUCAAGGCAAGAAAAGAGUCAUCAAAGGGAGAAGAAUAUUUUGCUCCAAAAGAUGCAAAGAAGGAAAAGGAUACUACAAUUGAGAAAACAAAGAGGUAUAAGAAGGAUGAAAAGUAUACAAAAGAGAAGGGAAUCUUCAAAGAAGUGGCAACUUCAGCUUCUCAAGUUGUCAAGAGAAUAGGAGAAGGAAAAUUGAAUGAACAAGAAAAGCCUUUAGUUGCAAAUAUGGGUGCUGCAAUUCUAGUAAUUGUUGCACUUGGAGCUUAUGCAACCUAUAAGUUUACCUCUUCUAGCAAAAACUAAAACUUGUUCUACAAAAAUCAUCAAAUCAAGUCCUUUCUUGAAAUGUAAUUCAAAUCAUGCAUAAUGUAAAUUAAAAGCAUUUGUUAGGCCAUUUAUUUUAUUUAUUAUUCAAUGUGGGAGCUUCAAGAUUAACA